CCAUCUUUAUACUGAAGAUCCUGCAUUUUCUUUCUCAAGUUAAAGGUGUAUGCCCACCCCUUCUUCAUAUGCAAGGAAUCUAGCUUGUUUAGCAUUUCCUUUGAGAUUCCAAGAUCACAUAUGGUGUAAAGGUAAUUUUUACUCACAGAAGCUGCAAUCAAAGCUCCAGCUUUCACAUCUUUGCACAACCAUUUUUCUUUGGAAGUUUUCUCAGCAGCUGUGCUUCCAUCUGCAGGGGGGAGGGGUCCUCCUCAGUAACUUUUUGGAGUCCUUCUGCUUUCAGAGCAAUCCUCAAUCUGGUUUUCCAUUCCAAAUAAUUGUCUGCAUUCAGGAUAGAAGCCUGAGUUUUCCCUUUAGGUAAGCAGCCAUCCUCACUGGCUCCAAAAGGCAGUUGCUGUAGAUUAGCAAUUCAAAGUGUCCACGCUAGAUCUCACUGGAUCUCCUGGAACAAACCUAGCUCUCUAGUUGCAGUACACGCAGCUCAAAAUACUGGACUCCCAUAACCUGUUGGAAAUUCUCUGUGGUGAGAGAAUCCCUUUCUCAUUAUAGCAGAGCUAUAGCACUGUCUGAGACAAGAGACAAUGCAAAGUCCUUUAACUUCCAACACAACAUGUGUCUUCCUAGACCAAGUCCAACACUCUAGCCACUAUCCCCUUUCCAACCAGUCUUUCUCUUUCCAACUAGGUGAACUAGACUGUCUUCCCCUUUCCAGCUAGCUCUGUCUUCCGCUUUCCAACCAGUUGAACUAGACUGGUGCCCCUUUUGAGAGCAUUCCAUAAGGAAAACACACUGCAGACAUUGUUCAAUAGAGAACACAUAGCAUUCAAGAUGACCAAGCAAACUGGAAAUGGCAUUAGCUAUAUAUGGAUAGUUUUGUCAUAGCCAUUAGUGUAUGGGUUGCAUCUGGACUUGAUUUUUAAAAAUUACAGUAAGUUGAAGGAGGCUGUUAAGUAAAUUGAAGGUUAAUUGUAGGUUAAUCAAAGAAAACAGAACUGUUACCAGGAUACUUCUGUAUCCUGGACCCAAACUAUUCAGGGCUUUAGAGACUGUCACCAGAACUUUGAAUUAGACCUUGAAAUCAAAUGAAAGUCAGUGUAAUUGUGCCCAAACCAAACGGAAAGCUCAACUGAAAAGGACAGUAUUGUAAUACUGAAGCCCAACUGAAAAUCAGUAUUGUACAAGGAUUUCUAGAAUACAGCAAGAUUCUGGAGCUGUGGUUACUCAAGAAUGGAAGAUCUGAGACUGACGUAAGAUUGCUAAGGAAUAACUACUAAUGGACCAUCAGAUGCUUUGGAUGGUAGUUCUCUAUAUAGCGGUGUGUUUUGGCCUGCCCCAGAGUCAAGGCAACUAUGUACUUCAGCCUACCAUCCUUAACGUUUCCCAGACUCUUCCUCUUCACCAUCUAUUAUUGGAAUGGGAUGUUAAUCAUGAUUCCAAAGCAUACAGUCCUGAAACAGAAGUACUUUAUAACAUCCAAAUCAAUCAAACUGCAGAGAAUGCUAUCGUCUUGAAUGAGAAUUAUACAACAAACCUCAAUAAGUUAAAUCAAACUCUGAAAUGGGACUGGAAUCCCAAAGUACCCUUGGAGUGUACGCCUCAUGCAGUAAGAAUCAGGAUUAUGGUGACAAAUGGAAGUUUUCCACUUCCUGAAGAGUGGAGUGACUGGAGUCCAUGGGAAACAGUAAAAGGAUUGUAUACUGUGGAUGACAGCAAGAAUUAUAUCUUCCCAAAGUACAAGGUUGUUGAAGAAGGUUCUUCUGAUGUCAGCUUUUGCUGCAUUGCAAAGAAAAACGAAACUGUAAAAAAAUUAUUGUUCGGGAAUACUCCAUAUAACACAAGCACAAGGCAACGAAAAGUGGAUUUUACUGUAAAAAAUGUCCCGUAUUCAGAUAUACCUCACAAGUAUUAUGUGUUGUGUCUGUUUUCUAAUGGCAAUAAAGGAACAAAUGGCAAUGAUGGAACAAAUCUCUACACAGCCACACGACCUGAUAAACCCAGAGAUUUCACCUGCGAAACCGAAGACAUGAUAACCUUAAAGUGUACUUGGCUGCCUCUUCAGGAAAAUGAUAAAUUUCCAAAUAAUUGUCAAACACAUUUUGUUUUGUCUAGUGUGUCUGACACAAUAACUUAUUGUGAGCCGGAUUCUAAAACGAGCAUCUGCCAAAUCAGCAUUAGGGAGCAAAGCAUGUACAAUGUGCGGUUGACUGCCAAAAACUGUCUCGGAGAGAAUCACACUGACCUUGCUUUUGAUGUGUCCCACCGAGUUCACCCUGCAGCCCCCUAUCAGCUCUCCAAAGGUGAUCGGAAUGCUACUGCCAUUGAGUUAUACUGGCAUAUAAAACCUAAGUCACACAAACUGUCCUUGUUAUGCCAAAUUGACGUUAAAUACACCGGUUCUGAUGGUGAAGAGAAAUGGGCAAAGAAUUACAGUAUAGUGAUUCAUUCAGAUCCAUAUCCUCACAUUAUUGUGGGUGGGUUGCAAGCAAACACCAAAUAUUCUUUUAAAGUCCGCUGCCGUGCAAAUAAACACUUCUGGAAAUGGAGCGAUUGGAGUGAAUCCAUAAAUAUCCGAACAGAUGAAUCUGCUCCAUCAGGGCAGCUUGAUAUCUGGAGAGAUAUUAGCCCAGGUGAGGACGUACGUAACGUAACUGUUUUCUGGAAGGCAUCAUCGGAUUUUCAUGCUAAUGGGGAUAUCAAAGCAUAUUACAUAUUCUGGGAAAAGUUAGAUAAACCUACCAAGUUUGGACACAAGGAUCUCAUCCCUGCAUUAAAGAGCACAACUAUUUCUCUUGAUAAUGAGGCUUACAAAAUCAGUGUCUCAGCAAAUAAUAGUGUGGCUUCAUCCCAUCCCUCCGUGAUCAUCAUCUCAGCAACUACGGAUGAUGGUGACAUGCAAAAGUUUGAUGUCAAUAAAGAAGACACAACCAACAACACAGAAAAAGAAAUUUACAUUUCUUGGAGGCCCCAAAAUGACUUUGAUGGCUACAUUGUUGACUGGUACAACUACCCAACACCCGCCCCAUACAAUUUUCAGUGGAAGAGAUUUGGCAGAAAUGACUCCAGUGCUCUCAUAACAUCACAUGCUUUCCAUCCCGGAGAAAGAUACACUUUCAGGGUAUAUGGAUUGCAUAGUAAGAGAGCUGUUCUCCUGGAGAAAAAAGUCAAAUACCUCAAAGAACUGGAACCAACUCGUAACCCUAAUCUGACCAUAGCUGCGGUGACUUCCAAUUCGUUUACAGUAACCUGGACAUUUUAUCCUUUUGAUGAGUCCCAUCCGGGUUUUAUCAGAGGUUACAAUAUUUAUGUGAAGCCUGAUCAUGGAAACUGUAUGUUAAAGGAAUCUGCGGAAGUUAGAUUUCAAGGUGAUCUGGUACUGUGCAAGUACACAGUUGAAGACCCCAAAGAAAAGAGAUUUACAAUAAAACACCUUGAGCCCAGCACAACAUACCAGGUUACCAUUAAUGCUUAUUCUGUCAAUCCAGAAAAUAUCACUGACAACUUUCAAAAAAUUACUACAAAAGCUGACAGAAGUGGGCGCCUUCUUUUCCUUCUGCCGCCAGUGAUCAUAUCUUUAACACUAAUAAGUUGUAUAUGUUUUUGGAAAAGUGAUUGUGUAAGGAAACGCUACUACCCUAAAGUCCCUCAUCCAUCCAUAACUGCAUUUUUGAAGGAAUGUCCUGGAACUAUAGAAAUAAUUCACACUACCCCGGACAAAUUAUGGUUGAUGGGGAAGCAUCACAUUUAUACUUACACGCAAUCUGCUUUGGGAACUCCGACCUAUGUCGAUCCAAUAGCCUUUGUCCAGAAUCUACGAGUCCAAGUUCCAGAAAGACAGACACUGGACCACAAUUUGGAAACCUACAGACCACUUCGUGAUUUUGAUUUUACGGCAUACAAACCCAUCUACCAAACACCAGCCGGCGCUUGUGACAACAUAAAUUAUUUCUCGCAAAUGGAAGUGCUUCUCUCUGGGGAUCCAGGAAGUGAUUGAGCCUCAGUAGCGGGAACCUUUGCCACAUUACAAACCCUAGCGGGCCGCAGGAUACAGAACAAGUUCUCCUGCAUUUGAUGAAAAUAUUAGUGGCACUAGUGAGCUCUGCAAAGGAACUGCUUCUGGAAAAACAUCGCUACAGUCUUCACAUUUUGAAUAUGUGAAACCAGAAGGAAAUAUACUGUAAGUGGAAACAACAGACAAGGUGAUAAUUGAGUCACCUGAGUUCUUUGCCUGAACAGCUACUGCUGCCAACAAUGGAAGCAGAAACAAAGUUGGCAUGGAGUUGGGUAGGCAAAAGAUACCCUCGUCUGCUUUAGAAAUGGUUGUUUCCGAUAUGUAAUUAUUCUGCUUAGAAACGCCAGAAGAUGUACAGCAAGUUUAAGAGAGAUGCAGAAAACAGUUAAAUUACUACAGCAAUACAGUUGAAAUGGCAUUACUCAGCAGCAGCAUAAGGAAAUAGUAAACGGGUCACCUAAUAGCUCACUGCAUUAUCGGAGACUUGAUAGGCUGCUGCCAACAUGGUUUUCUCUCAGAUGUUCUAUCGGCGAUGGCUUGUUCAAAGCCAGCCCUGCUGUGAAGCAGAGUGAAGUGGGCUGCAUCCAGCAGCAGAUGUUGGCGCAUCUGGCAUACUCAGUUAUCUACUUGUAUGUGAACUUGGUUAAAAUCCUUACAAGGCUAUAGGCAGGGAUUCUCAACGUUGGGUCCCCAGAUGUUAUUGCACUUCAACUCUCAUAAUCCCUAGCCCCAGUGGCCUUUGAUUGGGGAUUAUGGGAGUUGAAGUCCAAUAACAUCUGAGGACCCAACGUUGAAAAUCCUUGCUAUAGAGAGAGUCCUGAAUUUCAAAUUUGCUCCCCUAAGCAAAUAUAAAGGAAGGGAGGGCAUUUUAACAGAAAAUGAAGGGAAAGGGGUGUGUGAUUUGAAGAAGUCUUCGGCUGGCCCUAGAUUUACCCACGUACACUACAACAUAAAAACCACACACAUUUAUAGAACAUCUCUAAGCUUACAUCUAUCUAUCUACAAACAUCUGCACAUACGACUCAUUAAGGCUGGAAGAUCAUGUCAAUUCUGCAUUCUGAGCAGUGCCUACUGAUACUUAAAGCAACAGCAGUCUUGUGCUUUCUAACUUCAUAGUGUAUCAUGUGCUGCAGCAAUGUAUUGUCUUGACUAGAAGUCCUUAAAAAAUAUGAAAAAACCAGAAAAAAAUAAAUUGAAAAAUCAACUUGCCUUAGAAGCCUUCCACAGGAGAACCAUCUAGAUAUGCUGAGGCAAAUCUUUCUGCUGCAAGGGCAAAGGAAGCCGGUUUCAUUGCUAUUGAUAUCUUCUUGUCUGUAAGUUAAAACUCUGUUUUCUGCUGCUUCAACCAAGCUGGGACAAGAACUUGCCUCUUGCUUCCUUGUUAAAAGGAGCAUUAAAACAAGUAAUGGGGAAUAUAUUCCAUGCUGUUCAUACAAGUAAGAUUCUUAAAUCAUAUGGAAUCUUCCUCAAAUAAUUGUUCAGAAAGAGGCAGAUAUUUGCUGAAACUUUAAUCAAGUGAAGGCUCUCUCCUUGGAAGCACUCAGAGCCAGCAAUUAAUUUUUGUAAUCAGGGUCAAAUUCUAUCACAUAGAACCAAGAAGCCAAUCUUCUAAUUGCCCAUCACUGAUCAGUCAUAUCCAAGUUUAAAUCCUGAUUUGGUAACCACUGGUUACAGAGGUAAAGUGUCCAAAAGGCAAUCCAUUCAACCAUUGUUUGAAAAGCUGUUGGAAAGUUACUAAUGAAAUCAAAGUUUUAGCAUCCUAGCAUCCUCUGGUCAUCCAUUGCUUGCACUUGAAACCUCUUAUUGAAAGCAAUUAUUUCAUUUAUUUUAGGCGUUUUUAAACCUCAUUCCUCAAGCCCCCUUGAGCUGCUUACAUAAAUAAAAACAAACAAAACAGUCAACAAGUCCCCUGGGAAGUUGCCACUGGAGUUCUCAGCACUUUGCUUUCUAUCACCCCUGCUAACUAGACAAAGUGGUGCCUUCCAAAUGAUGAUUAUUGUAUAUAAAACCACAUGGCUCUAUGGUCGCCAGGAGUUGACACCGACUUGAUGGCACACUUAGUAGGGGGAAAGCAACUAGCCCGAUUCAACCCCAGCACGACUUCCCUCCAGUGGGUGUUGAUUGUGUUUAUUUUUCUAUUAUGAGUCCUCUGGAAACAGGGAACCAUAUUUUUUAUGGCUAAACUGCUUUGAGAACCAUUUUUAAAAGUGGAUAGCAGUACUACUAGUAAUUGUCAAAUUGAUGGUGUCCCGGCUCACAUUUCAGUACUGUAUUAAUUAUAAUAUUACGUUCUUGCCUAUGGCUGAAUGGUUUCCUUCGCAAGUCUUUGACAGCUUGGAUGUGGCCAGCCUUCCAAUUCAUCACAGAGCAUUACACUCCUUUUGAUGUUGGCGCACAAAUGGUUUGCCUUUAGGUGGAUUUCUCAUUUGGGCCAUGUAGUUGAAGAACAUAUUGUCCAUUUUAAAAAAAAAUCGCACAACCCACCCCCUUCGCCCAGUGUGUAAUUGUAUCAAUAGCUUCAGCAGCUUCCAUUUUACUUGCGUUUUCAUGUUUUCUCUCCUGCCCACUUGAAGUUGGACAUGACAGCAAGAGAAGUUCGGGAUGAAACAGCGGCACUAUUUUUCUCCCUUUUCCAGGUCUGCAACCAUAGCCUAGUGCUUUAAAUUGCAGCCUUUCAAACCAGAGGCCAUGGAUUCUAAUUUCCCAUGGGGCUGCUGCUUCCUCCUGUUCUUCCUCCACGUAGUUCUUGGUACUAUUCCUAAUAUAAUUUAAACAUGUAUGGUGUAGGCAGCAAUUCCAGUCUUCUGCCUGCAAAAUUUGUCAUUUACUUUUUCUCCAAAUGUGCUCAUUAAAGAAAAAAAGGAUAACAGCACUUUGGAUCAGUAAUGAGAUAGAUAGAUAGAUAGAUAGAUAGAUAGAUAGAUAGAUAGAUAGAUAGAUAGAAUUAAAUUAAGUUAAAAGGAGCUUGCAGAAUACCCUCUGAGGUAGCUUUUCCUCCUACCUCACUUCCACACAAUUACUUCUACCCAGGAUUUCCUCUUACCUCGCUUCCACACAACCAAAAAUUGGGAGCUCACACAGCUCCAAACAAGAGUAGAACACAGUUUUUGAUUGCAUGAAUGACCUCAUUGUGUUCUCAGAGAUGGAGAAUAAUGUUUUUUUAGCAAAACUGAAGGUCUGCCUGCAAGAGGCCCUGCCACUCAAUUGUGCGCACCGUAUCAAAAGUUUCAGAGAAAGAAAUGUCCUGGUCCGGGGGGCAGGUGGGACACAAAAUGUCCCUGGGCCCCUGAGGGAGGUCCACCAGCUGGGUGACAGCUUGUUUUUUGCUCCCCACUCAUGCAUCUCUGGUGGCCCCUGUUCACUUUCUAUUCCAGGGCCCACUCCAACCUUGCCACACACCUGCCCUGGUUAUGAGGUUUCCUCCAUGGCAAAGACAGUUUCCUCCCACAUGAGCAUGGGGAAGUCUGGUUACUGUUGCCGCCGGCUCGUCCGGUGGUGACUCAGGACCGGGUCUUCUCUGUGGCUGCCCUCAGGGCUUUGGAAUGCACUCCCAUUAAAAAUAGGAGCUCCUCCAUCUCUGAUUGCCUUUAAAAAGACCUUUAAGACACAGACUCAGGUUCUCUCAGGCUUUUAAUUAAAAUUAAUUUUAAACUUUUAUUUUUGUGAAAACAGUUUUGAUUGUUUUACUCUGUGAAGUGUUUGUUUUACUCUGUGAAAGUGUUUUUAUAUUUUGACAUGAAUUGUGUGCACCACCUAGAGAUAUAUUUUUGUGUGUGUGUGUGUGUGUGUGUGUGUGUGUAUACACACUCACGUAUGAGAAACAAUAAAUAA